UGGAAGCGAAACAGAGAAGAAAAACACUUGAAAGAAAUUAAGCAACAGAGAGAAUAGAACAACCAUGGCGUGCAGCUCAAUGAGCAUUUCUAGCUCUUCCAUCACCACCACCACCACCCCCACCAGAAAAGACAUUCUCAAAGAACAAAACGGAGUGGGUCUGCGUGGACGAUCCGGUAUGGGGAGAACGAUGUCCGAGUCUCAGCUCCGGUUUUACUCGGUGAACCGUAUUCGGGCUGCCUCUGUUGAGCCUAAAUUAAGGAAAAGUCAUUCGAUGGGGAUCCUCCCAACCCAUCUCUUGGGUUCAAACUCGACCCGGCCGCUUCUUUCUGAUUCAGUAGGUGAGGAAAUGACUUUGGUGGAGAAUCCAGAGGUGGGCUUUGAAUUGGGAGAGCGUGAAAGUGGAAUGGAGAAGACGGAGAAGAGAGCGAACUGGGUGGAGAGGCUUUUGGAGCUCCGAGGUCGUUGGAUGAACAGACAACCGAAAGAGCAAAUGGAUGGAGAAGGAGAGGGAGAGGGAGAGGAAGGUGGUUGCGAGGUCGAUUACAGUUCGGACGUCGAGGAUGAACAACACAAGAGUUUCGAUCAAGAAUCGUUCUCGCGGCUCUUGGUUCGAGCCUCCUGGUCUGAUACUAAGCUCUUUUCUCAGCUGGCUUUCCUGUCCAACUUGGCAUAUGCGAUAGAAGAUAUCAAGGCAGAGGAUUUAAGGAAGCAUUACAAUCUACAUUAUGUAACAUCUUCAUUGGAGAAGAAAGCAAAUGUGGCUAGAAAUAAAGUGAAACUUGACCAUGAUCAUGUUCGCAUGGGGACGGACUCUGCCUCAAAUCCUGAUUCCAGUUCAAAGAAAGGAACAGAGUUUAAGCAUAAGCAAUCAAUCCGUUCAUCAAUAGCUUAUGAGAUCGCUGCAUCAGCUGCAUCAUACGUCCAUUCUCAUGCAAAAGGACUCCUAUCCUUGGGCUCAGAAUCUUGCCAUGAGGAUUUCAAGAUGGAGUCAUGUGGUGAGAGGGACAACAUACUAGAUGAGGGGUUGUUCACACCUAUUUAUAAUUAUGAAGUGGCAGCUUACAUGGCGACGACAACAAUGACAGCUGUGGUAGCUGCAGAGGAGACGGCAAAGCAAGAGGCAGCAAGGGAACUUCAAUCACUCCAUUCCUCUCCAUGUGAAUGGUUCAUUUGUGAUGAUCCAAGCACAUAUACUCGUUGCUUCAUCAUUCAGGGGUCAGAUUCAUUGGCAUCUUGGCAAACAAACCUCUUCUUUGAGCCCACCAAAUUUGAGGGAACAGAUGUAUCAGUUCACAGAGGUAUCUACGAGGCUGCUAAGGGGAUAUAUAAGCAAUUCAUGCCAGAAAUUCUAAAACAUUUGAAAAGAUAUGGAGCUAGAGCAAAACUUCGUUUCACUGGUCAUUCUCUAGGAGGGAGUCUUUCCCUCUUAGUUAGCUUGAUGCUCUUGACUAGAGGUGUAAUUAGUCCCUCCUUUCUGUUUCCUGUAGUCACAUUCGGAUCACCAUCUAUAUUCUGUGGGGGUCACCAUAUCCUUGACAAAUUGGGAUUGAAUGAGAGCCAUGUUCAUUCAGUGAUUAUGCACAGAGAUAUCGUUCCGAGGGCUUUCUCUUGCAACUAUCCAACCCGUGCAGCGCAAGUCCUCAAGCGCCUGAAUGGUUCAUUCCGAUCUCACCAUUGUCUCAAUAAACAUAAACUACUGUAUUCUCCAAUGGGAAAAUUAUACAUUCUUCAACCAGAUGAUAAGUUAUCUCCUCCUCAUCCCUUGCUUCCCCCUGGGAAUGCCUUACAUGCUUUGGACAAGACUAAAUGUGAAUCUCAAGCUGUAAUAACAAGUGCAAUUAAGGCCUUCCUUAAUUCCCCUCAUCCAUUGGAGACACUAAGUGACCCCAAAGCCUAUGGCUCAGAAGGUACAAUCUGCAGAGACCACACCUCAAGCAACUACUUAAGGGUUCUGAAUUGGGUUCUAUGGCAACAAACUAAGCUUGCAGUUCGACAAACAAGAAGACAAAGGCGUCACGAUUUGUGGCCAGUUCUUACAACCUCGCCUUCUGACCAACCGUGGAGUCAUGGAGGAUACUUGAAGAACCAUAGGUUGAUCAUCAAGGAAGUGGUUGCCGACGUCUGAACCUAAUUUGUACAUUCAUCUCCAUAGAAGGCACAUAUAAUUGUUAUGACAUGAGCCAAGGGGAUUUAGUUACCCAAUCUUUCAUGUAAAUAGUAGCCUUGUUCUUUUUCUGUUUUUCAAUGAAACAUGUAUAUGUUAUUUAUCACUGAUACAGUUACUGAAUUUGGUAACAAA